AUGGCUCAGUCGAGAUUGACUGUCACCCUUCUGGUCUUGAUUGGCAGUCUGGUCAGCACAAUCGCUUGGAAUGAGAAUAAGGAUGCCACUCGGUCUCUCAGAGCAGACAAUGUGAAAGCACCAGCAUUGGGAGCAACACCUUUUGGUACUUCUGAAACAUAUUUUGUCGACACGACACCUGGAUCUUCACUCGACGAUUUAAUCACGUCUGCAAAUGCUUCAGGCUCGCUGAAGCUGAGUGCAAACGGAACAGGAGGUUUCAUUGAUGUGGCCUCCAUUAAGGUAAAUGCGACGCUUGCUAAGGCGACGGAAGCAAAGAGUGACAUUAAGCCGACGUAUCGGAACUGGGUAGGCUUCCGCGCUGUCUCCCCCGACGCUGCAUGCUACCGCGAGGCGCAUUUUAUGGACACGUGCCCUACUAAUUUCAAUCGUCACGAAGCUACAAACACUUGUUGGGCUGAAUGCCCCUUGGCCUACCCGGUAGAGUGCGGCCUUGAGUGCAUUCGUCAAAACGACGACUGUGUUAUUGAGGCUCUAAACAAAAUCGGAGCAAUUGGAAACUCAGCUCUGGCCAUUGCUUCGUUUGGUGCUGCACAUAAAUUGUGGCAGGCUGCGAAACAUGCGACUCGGGCAUUUGACUGCGUCAAUAUGAUGAUCGGUACGAUGAGAUCCAUUAUCCGUUACGUGCGUAACAUCAAGACCACCGAUCCGACUGCCUCGGCAGACAAGAUUUUGAACAUCUUGUACCAGACAAAUAACGUCGUGACAGAUCUUCCGAUUGCCGUCUACUUGUGCAUGGGUUGGGAGCUGCCAAGACCUCUUGAUAUCUCAGGUCGUGUGCUUACGACGAUGAAUUGGCUCCUUCUGAACGCCAUUGCUUACAAAGACGACAUUUUCUUGAAUUGGGGCAAAUUCAGGGCUUUCUUGAUUGGUGCCAACUUCACAGAAGCUGCGAGCAAGGUAAACGCAACGGAGAUUGGAACGCUUAGUGACGCCCUCAAGUCAAAAUCUAAUUGUGGGUAUGAACUGCGUGCAGUGACGGAUCGUACAUGGAACACAAUUAACCAGCUACGAGCAGACUACCCCGGCAUCUCGGAGGAUGAUCUACGUUUAAAGGUGCAAAACACCCAGGUCGUGACAUCAGAUAUUGCCAUCGCUACCAACAACUGUAUGGAGCAGUUGAUCGAAGAGUCUGAUGAACCUACAGCUUACAGGACGCGGGAAAAAAUUCGCACAGCUUUCAGUGGCAUGAUCAACCAGCUUGUCAAGAAAGGCACGAGUAAUAAUGGUACAAGCGAAGAUGCGAGCCAAUUUAUGUACCUUGCCAUGAGCAAGACUCUCAUUUCUAUUGCCGUCACUGGGUUUGAUCUCAUUGGUCUCACAGGUUUGUUCGUAACUUUCCUGCAGAGGAUCUGCGGCCCAACUAAUUUCAUGGGUGAGAUUGACGACGGCACGGACCCCCAGACGCUUGGUCUGACAACAAUUCAAAAGGCUUUUAAAAAGAGCUCUAUGACUUGGACUCGCAAGGGCGACGGUUUAGUCAUUCUUCACUUCGAAAGCAAGGACACGAAAGACGUGACAGUAAACAUCAUGUCCGGUGGUGACAAGGUCGACGAGGUAGAGCUUAAAGCUGGUGGAUCUCUCCAGUGGAAGUCUACCGUCAAAGCAUUAGCUGGCAAAACGCUGUACCUUGAUCGAUGGCGAGCAAAAUUCCUGGGUAUGCCUAGCAGAUCGGGUGGUUCGCUGCUCUUAUGGGUACCCCACGCCUCCGAAGGUGGUCACUUGGAGGUCCAGGUAAAGCUAAAUGUGAGCUAA